AUGACACCGCAUUUGUUUGCUCCCCACUCUGUCCCUGCACACGCGCCAGCGCGGCGCUGCUCCGGUCGCCGGGUCGCUGCCCAGGGCGCGACGGUGGAGGCCGUGACGGGGCUGGACCCCUCCCUCACUCCCCUCAUUGAGGCCGCCCUGGACGACUGCCUGACCGAGACGUCUCUCGACCUGCCUGGCACACACUAUGUGGGCAAGGUGCGUGACACAUACGACCUGGGCGACCGGCUGCUGAUCGUGACCACUGACCGCCAGUCGGCCUUCGACCGCAUCCUGGCCUCCGUCCCCUUCAAGGGCCAGGUCCUGAACCAGACCAGCGCCUGGUGGAUGCAGGCCACGCGCCACAUCGUGCCCAACGCCCUGCUCUCCCUCCCCGACCCCAACGCGGCGCUGAUGACCAAGUGCGAGGUGUUCCCUGUCGAGUUCGUGUGCCGCGGCUUCAUGACCGGCAGCACCGACACCUCCCUCUGGACGCACUACGCGGCGGGGGAGCGCACCUACUGCGGCAACACCUUCCGCGACGGCCUGGCCAAGAACGCGCGCCUGGCGCAGUGCGUCAUCACCCCCACCACCAAGGCCGCCACCCAUGACGUCCCCAUCACGCCGCGGGAGAUCGUGGAGCAGGGGCUCAUGAGCCAGGCUGACUGGGACACUGCGAGCACCGCCGCCCUGGAGCUCUUCAGGUUCGGGCAGGCGGAGGCCGCCAAGCGCGGCCUGCUCCUGGUGGACACCAAGUACGAGUUUGGAAAGGACGGCGCGGGCACCAUCCGGCUGGUGGACGAGAUCCACACCCCGGACUCCAGCCGGUACUGGCUGGCCGGGAGCUACGAGGCGCGGCACGCGGCGGGCCAGGAGCCGGAGAACGUGGACAAGGAGUUCCUGCGGCUCUGGUUCCGGGGGGCCUGCGACCCCUACAACGACCCCGUGCUCCCCGCCGCGCCGGCGGAGCUGGUGGUGGAGCUGUCCAGGCGGUACAUCCUGCUGUACCAGACCAUCACGGGGCGUCGCUUCGAGGUGCCGGAGGGAGGGCGCCCCCUGCACGAGCGCCUGGCCGCCAACGUGGCGGCUGCAGGGCUUUGA